AAACGUCACAAAAAUAUUUCCUAUUUACCACCAAAAGCAACACAAAAAUAUUAUAGAAAGGAAGAAACUUUAAUGUUUUUAAUAAAACAAUUAUAUCCAAUUCUUAGUAAAAGCAAAUUAAAUUCACAACAGACACUCUAAGCAACUCAAUCAUUAAGUUGUCAUUGCAGUGAGUCUGAUAAGAAAUCUAUCCAAAUAAACCAAUGGGAUUGAUGACCAGCAGUAUCGCCCGAUAAGAGCUCUGAAAUAAGCAAUUUCCCAUAAAAAUUGCUGAUUCAAAAUAAAUUGGAAAUCUAAAACAUAUGAAAUAUGGCUCUCCAAAUAAUGAGGCAAAGUUAUCUGGAAAUACCAACAGUUACCAGAUUUUAUAUUAGCGCCUGUGUAAUAACAACAUUAGCAGUGCAUCUAGACUUAGUAUCACCACUCCAGUUGUACUUCCAUCCCAUGCUGAUAGUUAAGAAACUGCAACUAUGGCGAUUUGCAACGACUUUCUUGUUCUUUGGCACCGUGAGCUUUGGCUUUCUCUUCAAUAUGAUAUUUACCUAUCGCUAUUGUCGAAUGUUGGAGGAAGGCUCAUUUAGGGGUCGUACUUCUGACUUUGUUAUGAUGUUCAUCUUCGGUGGACUGUUAAUGACAUUCUUUGGACUUUUUGUGAAUCUACUGUUUUUGGGUCAAGCCUUCACACUGAUGUUGGUCUAUGUGUGGUCACGAAGGAAUCCCUUCGUACGGAUGAACUUCUUUGGGUUGCUUAAUUUCCAAGCGCCUUACUUGCCAUGGGUCUUGCUGUGUUUCUCGAUGAUCUUGGGCAACACUAUUUGGGUGGAUAUCAUUGGAAUGGGAGUGGGCCACAUUUACUAUUUCCUCGAGGACGUAUUUCCACAGCAACAAAAUGGAUAUAAAUUCCUUAAAACACCAAACUUCCUAAAGGUCAUGUUCAACGAACACAUAGAUCGCAACUAUCAGCCAAUGCCUGAAGAUCGUCCUGGAGGCUUUGAUUGGGGUGAGCAAAUCGGUGAAGGCAAUCGACUUGAGCGUGACGAUAAUCAGCAGCAAGCAGCAGCAGGUGCCGCUCGUGCAGCUCAAAACUAAAAAAUGACGCCAAAUACAACAUCAAAGACAGCAUUUUCUGACUUUUUUGGGUUUAACAAUAAUUUCUAAAACAAAUGGAGGAUAAAAAGAAAAAAGGAUAAUUAUGUUAUUAUAAAUAAUGUUCAUUUUGCAAUAUAACUUAAAGUUUGUUUUUUCGUUC